CAAUUACGAUGGUACCACGACAUAUUUUACUGAUUGUUCUAGCUUUCCUAGCUAUUACUGAAAUAUUGGCUAGCAGUUCCAGUUCCAACAAACGAUGUCGAAGAUUACCUAAUCUGACGAAUGGACAAGUAACCAUAAUUGGAAAGAAUAACAUAGACUAUAAAUGCAACACUGGGUUCAAAUUAGCAGUAACGGCUAAGUGCAGUGGUCGUAAACUAAAGAAUCCAGUUGUCACAUGUGAAGAAAUAUUAUGUGAAGGUAAUCCAGUAAUAGUCAAUGGUCAACUGAACUCUGUUAUCGCGUCUAGACGCAUUGGUGUUAUGUAUAGUUUUACCUGCAAUAUGGGAUUUACAGGAAUGGGAAGUGUAGUAUGUAAUGAAUGUGGAGAAUGGGAAGGUGGUCAGACUGAAUGUACAGAAAUAUUAUGUGAAGGUAAUCCAGUAAUAGUCAAUGGUCAACUGAACUCUGUUAUCGUGUCUAGACGUAUUGGUGAUAUAUAUAGUUUUACCUGCAAUAUGGGAUUUACCGGAAUGGGAAGUGUAGUAUGUAAUGAAUGUGGAGAAUGGGAAGGUGGUCAGACUGAAUGUACAGAGAUCCCUCUCACAACAACAAGUCCCGACACGACAACAAUGAACCUUGACGCAACAACAACAGUAUAGGCUCCAUUGGAAUGAUAUAAUUGUCGUGCUAGAUGGUGUACCUUGACCAAACAAAACACCUUGUACACAUUUAUUAGUCUAUAUGACCGCUAAAUUUG